AUGUCUUCCACCGUACUCACACACGAUACGCAGGAGCCAUCCUCGUGCUCUCUGUCAGAAGAUUAUAACGAGGAUGGGAGCGAAUCUGACUUGCUCAUAGCAACCUCUCAAAUGGUCUAUCAAAUGGCAAAGAUAGUUCGAAGAACUGAGAUCAACGAGGAAGAAAAGAUAUUCUACAGCCACCUUAGCCUCCAUUGCGUAAGGCUCCAAGACUAUAUAACCCGCGCUUCCCGAACUUUGUCUCGGAUUGACGGAGACUUAGUCAACACCGCCCUAUGCCAAUUCGAUUCGUUAAUUUCCGAAACUGGCCUCCAGGAAUUUCCAUGCUAUUCUACGAAAUCUCGGCUGAAGACGCUCAACGCUCAUUGGUAUAAUAUGCAAGAGCAAGACGACACCAACAAGAUCGACUUUAUUAGAAGAUGGCUGAAGCUUGGCUCUUCUGAGGAGCAUCUUAAUGGCAUAGAUAACAUUUUGGAAGAGUGUGCAGACAAGCUGGAAAAACAACAGCCAAAGAAUGGUUUCGGGAAAUCUGGCAUUAGAAUCUCAUCUAGAGACCAUUAUGAGCCAUCAUAUGGUGUUUGGAGACCGGCUCAGGCACUCUUUGACGAAUUACUGAAAUGCAAAGCAUGUUCUUGCUCGAAACAAAAUGAAUUUAAAGCCAAAUUGGAGCUAGGAACUUACCGAAGACCAGAUGAAAAGGUGCAAAAGAAGGACGCCACUAGAGCUACCCCGAAGCGUGCUCAUUGCAUGGGCAAUAGCACAGCUGGAAUACUCGAUUUUGACAUGUUUCUUUCUAUGGAGCACGACUGGCACGAAUACCGUGUCCAGGCUGCGAAAGGGAGAGUUGUUGGGUUCGCCAUAGAUGGUCAAAUGUCGCACUCGCAUGAUAUCGGCAAAGCAAGACGAGUGGAGAAACUAUGCAAGUCUAUCAAAAGCAUGAGAUCAAAGGCAUGGCAGCGCCUCGUGCUAAAGCUCUCAGGCGGCAAACUGUUUAAUGUGGGAAUUGAGAAAAGCAACUUUUGGAUCGAUCAAACUACUGAGCCUAUUUCUUUACUGAAAUGUUUUGAAGAGCGACAUGAUUUUUUUACCGAGAAGACUAAGCGCAUUCUUUCUCUCAUCAUCGGCUAUGCUGUGCUUCAUUUGGGUGGUACUUCCUGGCUUCAGCCUGGCUGGGUUCAUCUGCCCAAAGCCAACGCAAGUCCUGACAUUGAAACCGACAGUGAGUCUGAUGAUGAUACCAUUUUUGAGCUGUUCGAUUCAGGACAUCGCUGCCCAGAGUUGAUUGCUUUAGCAGUAGUAUUGAUAGAAGUCUACUUUGCAAAGCCCUUUUACAAGCUGGCACAGAUGAAUGGUAUUCCGCUCGAGAGCCCGAUCGGUCGUAUCACGCUCUUUGACGUCGACUUAGUUUUCAACGGCGAAGAAGAAAACAAAGUAGAAGGAUGGCGAUAUCAGAUUCCUGAAGAUUCUCCUUUACUCAUUGCUAUAGAUAAUUGUUUGAAUCCGGUACUUUGGGAAAACAAACAGGGCAAUGCAUUUGACAACCUAAUGCUUAAGGCUCAAAUUUACAAAUACGUUCUUCGUCCGUUGGAGCUCCAUUUAACAACUGGCUUCAGCAAAAUACCUCUAGAUAACGUUGAUAACUAUGCAAGGGGGCUCGACUUUGGUGGAUGGGGCCAGCCAAUAGUUGAUCAUGGCUUACAAGGUAUCACGGCUACUUCACCUAUCACAAUUUCCUCGCACCCGAGAUUACUCACACCUAUAGACACCCCAUCGCCCGCGCUUGCACUGGUUGCUUCAAACCAGGCUGGAGGUGUGGAGAACUCAAUCAAGAAGAAUAGAGAUUACCUGAAUUGGAGAUCCGAAUAUCUAAAUGUAUAUAAUAAAUUCAUUACAGCAUACCUUCCAAACCCACCUUUAAAGCCUAUAAAAAUCGCAAUACUGGAUACAGGCAUUGAUCGAGGGCAUGAUGCCUUUGAAGCUCGCGAAGAAGCUAUCAAGGCGAGGCUUAACUAUUACAAUGAGUCUCAGAGGAGCAUUCCUGACUUGAAUGGACACGGCACUUUUACUGCUAGCCUAAUACUUGAUUAUGCCCCUGACGCAGAGCUCUACAUUAUCAAAAUUGCUGACUUAAACGUCAGACCUAGCGCUGCGAUCAUAGCGAAAGCUAUCGAUCACGCAGUCGACAAAUGGGGCGUAGAUAUUAUUUCGAUGUCGUUUGGGUGGCCCUCGUCUGAUUUUGAUGACUACGAUGGCCUCGAAAGCGCUAUUCAUAGGGCAUAUGGCAAGAAAGUUCUCCUUUUUGCUGCUGCUUCGAAUAGCGGCGGCCGACUUAGCCGGGCGUAUCCUGCAAGCAGUUCCCAGGUUAUAUGUGUUCAUUCGACUGAUACAUUAGGAAACGCUUCAGCCUUCAGCCCAACCGCUCAGCCCUUUACCCUAAACCUUGCGACUGUCGGAGAAUCGGUAGAAUCAGCAUGGCCCAUGUUGCUUUGUGAUGAUAAGUCAGCUCCACAAGCAUAUGUCAAGUCCCGUUCGGGGACCUCUUACGCAACACCCAUUAUGGCAGGGAUGGCGGCGUUCCUAUUACAGUAUGCACGGUUGCAUAUAUCAGCAGAAGAGGCGCUGAAACUUAAGAGUAAGGAGAAUAUGGAGGCAUUACUAAAGAGAUGCGCCGAGCGAGGGCCUAAUUAUGCCAUGAGGGAUGGGUAUUUCUACAUUGAGCUAAGUUUAAAUCGGCAUAAUCUAUUUGGUGGGAAGUUGGGAGAUAUCAAUUAUGAGAUAUCAAAAACUCUACGGAAGUAA